AUGCAUCAUAGGCUUACUUUUCAAACAACUUACCCAUGGACAAAAGCACCAGUGAUAGCACAAGCUCCCAUGUUGAACAUCGCUGGCCCCGAGCUAGCCACAGCUGUGUCCGCAGCUGGAGGGAUAGGAUUUAUUGCUGGUGGAAAUGACGUGUCAACCCUUGAAAGCAAGUUCCAGAAGGCCGAACAGCUCGUAAAAGAGUAUAAGGCAGCGGGAGGCUCUCUCGAUCAGAACCGUCUCCAGCGAUAUGAGGGCCCGAACUUACCGGUUGGUGUCGGGUUCCUGAGCUGGGGAGCUGAUAUAAAGGUGGCUUUGCCACUCAUCGUGCGAUACCGUCCAUGUGCUGUGUGGCUGUUUGCGCCAUCUAACAGUGCUGCAGAUCAGGUUCCUUGGGUGGAGGGGAUCCGGGCCCAAACUGGCGGGAGUGUGGCUAUUUGGGUGCAGGUUGGAAGUGUCGAGGAUGCACUUGAUACUGUAGCUAAGCUACAUCCUGAUGUGCUUGUCGUGCAGGGCAGUGAUGGCGGGGGUCACGGAUUGCAACACUCCGCUAGUAUUGUGUCUUUGGUUCCAGAAGUCAUAGACCAGCUGAGUGCGGAAACUUCGGUCAUACCUAACGGUCCGAUAAAACCAAAAAUCGUUGCAGCAGGUGGCCUGGUAGAUGGUCGAGGGGUGGCAGCCGCUCUUACCUUAGGUGCUGAAGGGGUAGUGAUGGGAACUCGUUUCCUAGCCUCGCUCGAAGUCUCCAUACCGAAGGGAUACCAACAAGCCAUUCUCGAUGCUAGUGACGGCGGGGUUCAUACGAUUCGCUCGGCUGUUUAUGACCGGGUACGAGGGUUUCUCCGCUGGCCGCCUAAAUAUUCUCCUCGAGGGAUUGUGAACGAAACGCACAGAGACUUUGUGACAGGUAAGGUGACUGAGCAGGAAAAUUACGAUCUGUACCAGGAUGCUCUGAAGAAGGGUAACCCAGGUUAUGGACCUAAUGGGCGACUAGCUACGUUUGCGGGCACUGCGGUUGGCUUGAUAGACUGGCAAGGUUAUAGAGAGUACUAUUACAUACUCACUUCCGAGGGAUAA